AUGCCCGAAGACUCCGCCUUCCCAGGAGCCCCUGCGGCGGGGCGUAGAUGGCGGCGGCAGAGGCUGAACACCCCUAAAACAGCAGCUAUGGAACCUCCCCCAGCACCGGGGCCGGAGCGGCUCUUUGACUCGCACCGGCUCCCGGGUGAUGGCUUUCUGCUCCUCGCGCUGCUGCUCUAUGCGCCCGUCGGGUUCUGUCUUCUCGUCCUGAGACUGUUUCUCGGGAUCCACGUCUUCCUGGUCAGCUGCGCGCUGCCAGACAGCGUCUUCCGCAGGUUCGUGGUGCGAACCAUGUGUGCCGUGCUGGGGCUCGUGGUCCGUCAGGAGGACUCCGGACUCAGAGAUCACCGCACCAGAGUCCUCAUUUCUAACCACGUGACACCUUUCGAUCACAACAUAGUCAACCUGCUCACCAGCUGUAGCACACCUCUGCUCAAUAGUCCUCCCAGCUUUGUAUGCUGGUCCCGGGGCUUCAUGGAGUUGGAUGGGCGGGGGGAGUUAGUGGAGUCACUCAAGAGAUUUUGUGCUUCCACGAGGCUUCCCCCGACCCCUCUACUGCUAUUCCCUGAGGAGGAGGCCACCAAUGGCCGGGAGGGGCUCCUGCACUUCAGUUCCUGGCCAUUUUCUAUCCAUGAUGUUGUACAGCCUCUUACUCUACAAGUUCAGAGACCCCUGGUCUCUGUGACGGUGUCAGAUGCCUCCUGGGUCUCAGAACUGCUGUGGUCACUUUUCGUCCCUUUUACCGUGUAUCAAGUAAGGUGGCUCCGUCCUGUUCAUCGCCAGCUGGGGGAGGGGAGUGAGGAGUUUGCCUUCCGGGUACAACAGCUGGUGGCCAAGGAAUUGGGCCAGACAGGGACACGGCUCACUCCAGCAGAUAAAGCAGAGCACAUGAAGCGACAAAGACAUCCCAGAUUACGUCCUCAGUCAGCUCAGUCUUCUUUCCCUCCCUCCCCUGGCUCUUCUCCUGAUGUGCAGCUGUCAACUUUGGCUCAGAGAGUCAAGGAGGUUUUGCCCCAUGUGCCACUGGGCGUCAUCCAAAGAGACCUGGCUAGGACUGGCUGUGUAGAUUUGACCAUCACUAAUCUACUUGAGGGGGCUGUAGCCUUCAUGCCUGAAGACAUCACUGAGGGGACUCAGUCCCUUCCUACUGCCUCUGUCCCCAAGUUCCCCAGCUCUGGCCCGGUGACCCCUCAGCCAACAGCCCUAACUUUUGCCAAGUCUUCCUGGGCCCGGCAGGAGAGCCUGCAGGAACGCAAGCAGGCACUUUAUGAAUAUGCAAGAAGGAGAUUCACAGAGAGACAGGCCCAGGAGGCUGACUGAGCUCAGAGGAACAGGAUGGCACCCAGAGCCGCAGGACGGAGACUGGGGGCAGCCCCUACCCAACUCACUACAAGCUGACUGGGUGGGUGGUGUCAAGGGAGGGAUGGGGUGCCCCCAAUAUCACAUUAAAUUCAGGGUUUUCAUUCAA